UGCAGGGAGAGUUAACUGCCUCCAGGUAAAGUGAUGAAGAUGGUGAUUAAAAGUGGUAUCCUUUGUUUACCUGUAUUCUGGCAGCCCAGGUAAACUGGUUCUGAUUGCAAUCAAGAAUGUCAACUGAAGUUUGCCACAGAUGCCAAGGAGGUGGUGUUUGUCACAUAGGGGGUGGUGACACUAACUGGAUAACUGAGGAUGGUGACACUAUCUGGGUAACCAGCAGCACAUGGCAUUUUUUUUAUUUUAGUGCACCAUAUACAGAAACAAAUAAGGGUUUGUCACUGCUGUGUACCCAUCUGCUGAAGAUGAUGUGAUAACCUCUCCCUAUAACAGUGUACUAGCCAUGAGAGAACUGACGGAGAAUGCUGACUGUGUAUUACCAGUGGAGAACCAGGCUCUGGUAGAUAUUGUCAACAAGAUCAGCCAAGCUCUGCCGCCAUCAAACCUGGGCAAGAAAACAUUGGGGAUAUCAGGCAAUGUGAAGGCAGCCAGCAGUAUAGCCUCUAGUCAUGGCAGUAUAGUGAAGGGACCGGAUGAACAGCCAUUUGAUACCAUGAAUAAUAUUGUGGCAAAUUUGUUGCUGAAUUUAACCAGCUCGGCCAGAUUUGAAGGUUCCCUGAACGUGGAUUUAAACGAGAUUACAAUGAACCUGGUCCCAUUUCCAAAGUUACACUACCUAAUCUCCAGUCAGACCCCUCUGUAUGCCUCAGCUGAUAUGAAGAUACCCCCAAGAAGAUUAGACCAGAUGUUUAGUGAUGCAUUUUCCAAGGACCACCAGCUCAUCAAAGCUGACCCUAAACAUGGUCUGUAUCUGGCCUGUGCCCUAAUGGUACGGGGGAGUGUAGAGGUGUCAGAUAUCAGGAGGAAUAUAGAGAGACUGAAGCCGUCCUUGAAGUUUAUCUACUGGAACCAGGAAGGUUGGAAGACUGGCCUGUGUUCCGUCCCUCCUGUUGGUCAGCCCCACACCCUACUGACCCUAGCUAACAAUACCUGUAUCAGACACACCUUUUCUGACCUCAGGGACAGGUUCAGCAAGCUGUAUAAGAGAAAGGCUCACAUUCACCACUACACACACGUGGACGGGAUGGAAGUCAGCGACUUCGCCGAGAGUCUGGAGUCCAUAACCUCUGUGAUACAAGAAUACGAGACUUUAGACUCACAAAAAGACAUUGUGCCCGAAUUAUUACCCAGACUACAAGUUGUAUGAAACUUACAGAAUCUUAAUAAUAUAAACCAGAUUGCAGCAAGUUGGAGAGUUUGACUGGAAAAGUUUAAUCUGAGCGUAUGACUGCGUGUGUGUGCACGCAUAUGUGUUGAGGGCCUGGAGCGCGGAGGGGGUGGGGCUGGGGCAUAUUGUGUUGGGGGUGGUCGGCCCAUGCCCUAGUAAUAAUCCACUUUACCAAAAUAACACAACAGAGCUGGGCCUCUGGGGACGUGUAUUUUGACAGCGCCCCUUGCAGAGUUGAAGGUAGCUCCUACUGGGAGAGUGUAUUAGGUUUCUCGUCUUUAUUAUGAGAAAAGAUAGUGUUUGAUAGAGAUGUAGGUGUCUCGCCUACGUAGUAUGAGAUUUAUAAGUAACUGGGGUCUUGAUGGGUACGAUACAUAGAAACAUUGAUAUAUGGAAAAAGUUUGCCGCAAUCUUCUACAAAUCAAUAAAGAAAGGUACAUGUAUUGUUCAACAUACGAGCGUAUCUGUUUUCCUGUUCUUCACUGGACCGAUUACAGUGUCCUGGUAAAACUUUAACUAACAGGUGCUUUUACCCAGGUUAAUUGUGACUGUGCCGUGAAUGACAAAGUCUAAUUAUUAUGUAUGUUUAGCAAACAUUUCGUGUCGUUGCAACCAAGGUCUAAUUUUCAGUUUUAUUCAAGUGAUCACCUCCAGACACCUUGCAAUAGUAACGCGCUGGAACCUUCAUGGAGAGCACGUUGUUUUUCAGCAAGUAUGACAGGAAUGCGAGUCCGGGGUCACGUGCGGAUCCAGGAUUAUUUGAAGGGAAGGAGGGAGAGGGGUCCAGAACGACAGGACUCGGAUGCGAAGCCCACCAUCGCCCCUUUGACGUGGGGUUCAGGGCCUGCUCAAGGACCCCGAAAAUUUUUUGGUGUUUUGGAGGGCAAACUGUGCCCUUUGGUACGGUUUAGAACUAUGAUUUAGCUAGUC